CUUCCUACUAUUCCUACUGCACCUGAUGGCGACACUGGUCUCCCUCCCCGAGCACCUGCGCCAGACCUUGCUGGCGCUGCUCGAGGUCCCACCACCGCCGAUCCUCACGGAUGACCUCGCCACACAGCUCCGGCCCUAUGUCACACCACCCGGGGCGGAUCCCAGUCUUAACCUAAGCCCUGCACCCGCACCCGGGGCCAAGCCGACAAUACCCAACAGCCUUCUGUCGCAAGUGUCCAAGCAUGUGCGGUCAGUCCGAUGCAGAACGGCGCUCGAGGCCAACAACCUUGAUCCACGUGAUUAUGAAAUGAUCGCUCUCCUAGCCGGGGUACGGACGAUCUCGUCGGCCACGGCAGAUCCGCCGGAGACGGCUGACACAUCGAGGCAAAACACGGCGAAACAAUGGGCGGAAGAUCGACGUGCGCUAACCGCUGUCGUCAAUGGUCUAUUUUCCAUCGGCGGUGUCGGCUUUGCGGUCUGGUAUGCAGCUGGAUCCGCUGGCUGGGGAGAGGAAUGGCGAGCUCUCCUGGCGCUUUUCGCUGGUCUCGUCGUAGCCGCCUCGGAGGGUAUCUUGUUCGUUAUCUGGCAAGAUCGGAUCGAAAAACGCAGAACACAGGACAAAGCCCGCCGCGAACAUAAGGCGAGGCUCAGAGAGAAGGCGAGAGAUAAAGGAAAAACGUGCACCGGCGGAUGGUCAACACGGUACCCCGAUCCCGGGUGCCGAGCAAGGAUACGUGCCGAGCGUAAGCGCCGACGAGGGCGAGCCCCUCUCCACUCCGCCGGACCAGGGUGCAUCUGA